GGACCUUGAUAAGACAUGCACAUGCAACGCACCUUAAUAUUAUUCUGCUCCAUAUAUUAUUUCUCUCCCACUCAAAAUUGCAAAAAAUUAUAUCACAACACACAGCGCUCUCAGGAAUUUUUCAUUGAGGUUUGCCGGAAAAUGGUCAACAUGCUUGAAACUGAUCUCUGUCUCGGGCUUCCCGGCGGCGGAGGCGGCGGCGGAGGUGGAGAGCCGGAGACUCCAAAAGGUAAUGGAAAAAGAGGAUUCUCUGAGACGGUUGAUCUGAAACUCAAUAUCCAAUCUAAGCCUGUGGUUACCGUCGAUCUGAGUACCACACAGAACAUGAAGAGUACUGAUUCAGAGGAUCUUAGCUCCAAGGAUCCUGCAAAGCCACCUGCCAAGGCACAAGUCGUGGGGUGGCCACCAGUCCGUUCCUACCGAAAGAACGCGAUGUCUCAAAAGAGUCCCGAUGGCGAAGAAAAGGGUAGUGGCUCGGCUAUGUUCGUCAAAGUUUGUAUGGAUGGCGCACCGUAUCUACGAAAGGUGGACCUAAAGACGUACAAAAGCUACCAAGAGCUCUCGAAUGCUUUGGCCAAGAUGUUCAGCUCCUUCACCAUGGCGGGUGAGUACGGGGCCCAAGGAAUGAUAGAUUUCAUGAACGAAAGCAAGUUGAUGGAUCUUCUAAACAGCUCUGAAUACGUGCCAACCUAUGAAGAUAAGGAUGGUGAUUGGAUGCUGGUGGGAGAUGUCCCAUGGGAGAUGUUCGUUGAUUCAUGCAAGCGCUUAAGGAUAAUGAAGGGAUCGGAAGCUAUCGGGCUCGCCCCAAGAGCGAUGGAAAAAUGCAAAAGCAGAAGCUGAAGAGGAGUUGAUUGCAAUAUUUGUGCUUUUUUUUGUUUAAUUAAAAUUUAAAUUUUGAAUGUUGUGAUUAGUAAAUAGAUAUUAAAAGAGAUUUGGGAGAUUAAUUAAUUAAUUUGUAAUAGGAAACAACAAAAUAAACUCUCUCUCUCUCUA